GAACAAGUUUGUUAGCAGGACAUCCAUGGCAUGAAGAUCUGGAACAAGACCACUCACAAAGAUUAGCCCCAAGUAACACAAAGAGCUCAGGAUAUACCUACUGACACUUCAGCCUUGAACUGUUUCAUAAAUUUCCACCUGGACAUUUUCUUCUUCUUUACGGCUGGUCAUUGUUGUGCAGGUCUGAGGUGUUGACAAUGGAAGCAACACACAUCAAUAUGUCACAAGCCCCUCUAGUGAACGGCAGCAUUAGUGCCAAGCUCAAGAGAAGCAAACCUCGGGUGAUGUCCAAAAGUGGUCACAGCAAUGUGAGGAUCGAUAAAGUAGAUGGCAUUUACCUUCUCUAUCUCCAGGAUCUAUGGACCACGGUCAUUGACAUGAAGUGGAGAUAUAAACUUACUUUAUUUGCAGCUACUUUUGUAAUGACUUGGUUCAUUUUUGGAGUUGUUUACUAUGCCAUUGCAUUUCUUCAUGGAGAUCUGGAAGGGAACAAGUUCCCCCAGAAACAUGUUCCCUGCGUUAUGAAUGUCGACUCCCUCACUGGGGCGUUUCUCUUUUCUUUGGAGUCCCAGACGACAAUUGGUUACGGCUUCCGGUUUAUUACUGAGGAGUGCCCUCAUGCUAUUGUCCUCUUAGUGAUUCAGUUGGUUGUAACAACCUUGAUUGAGAUCUUCAUCACGGGGACCUUCCUGGCCAAAAUCGCGAGGCCUAAAAAGAGAGCUGAGACCAUAAAGUUCAGUCAUUGUGCUGUCAUAACGAAACACAAUGAACAUCUUUGCCUUGUAAUUCGGGUGGCAAAUAUGAGAAAGAGCCUUCUGAUUCAGUGCCAGCUGACUGGGAAACUUCUGGAGACCUACGAAACGAAAGAGGGAGAGAGGAUUCUACUUAACCAAGCCAGUGUCAAAUUCCAUGUCGACUCCUCAUCAGAAAGCCCUUUUUUGAUUUUGCCUCUGACUUUUUACCACAUAUUGGAUGAGAAUAGUCCUUUAAGGGGUCUUACGCCCCAGAGCUUAAAAGAAAAAGAUUUUGAGCUUGUUGUGCUCUUGAACGCCACAGUAGAAUCAACAAGUGCUGUUUGCCAGAGCCGGACUUCAUAUAUUCCGGAGGAGAUCUUCUGGGGCUUUGAGUUUAUGCCAGUGAUUUCCCUCUCACCAAAUGGGAAAUAUGUUGCAGAUUUUAGUCAAUUUGAGCUGAUUAGAAGAAGUGCAGAUUGUACCUUUUACAGUAUAGACUGUGAAAAGCAAAAACUCGAAGAGCAAUAUCGAAAGGAAGACCAGAGAGAGCGAGAACGCAGAACGAUGUUUUUACAGCAAAGCAACGUUUGACCUCUUAUCCAUCACAAAUUAUAACAAAUGUUUAUACGUUGUACUGCCUGGAUUCUUUUUCCUGAAAAUGGAAAAGCAUCACAGUUUUAUCUAAACAGCUGCACUGUGGAGGGUAUCCAUCCCUUUAUAACCGGGGCUGGUGACUACUUUAAGUGGGGGCUUACAUCUGACCCUUCCAAAACCUCACCAGGGGUGGUACUGGCACCUCUGUGGAUGCCAGUGUCAGCUGUGGUUGCUCUCUGUGGUACAGAUGAGUGUCAGAACACCUUCCCUUGCUACAGAGAACUACCAGUCUUCAGGGCAGAGUGUCUCCUUCCCUCCUGUAAGGUAAGAGGAAAUGACAGCAGUAGAGAUGCAAAUACAACUCUGAGGACCAUGUAUGACCCACAGGCUGCAGGUCCACCACUCCUCUUUUAUCAGAAUGCAUUAAUCCAGUGUUCUUUUUCAACUGUACAGCUAUUUUCAUAUGUGAGAGGCCAUAACUGAGUAGCAUUUGCUCCUCAUCUCCACCUGGAACUGACUGCCAGGGAUUGAACCUGGGCCAGCUGGCAUACAAAGUGCCUGCUCGGCUAUGGAACUACAGCUGCUUCUUGUCUUUAAAUGCUCCUUCCUAUGGCAACUUUUGUAGCAGACAAUGCUGAUUUUCAGAUGUUGGAUGCAGUCCGAUAUACUGCAUAAAUUCUCCAGAUAUUUAUUUGAUGUAGUUUAGUACUAUAAGCAGGAUUCAGUUGGUUGUGAAAUAUUGUAUAUUCUCAUGUAUGUUAUCCAUUUCUUUCCCAAGGCUUUUUCCUGAAAAUUUGUUUGUUGUUUGGUUUAUAUAGAAAAAUGCUGGUUAAAAUCCAGUUGCCUAGUGUAGUAAAUUCAAUAGUGUAGGCCUAUUGAAUCAAUGGGGAUUUAGUAAGUUGCAGUUAAAGUAGCUGCAGUGAGAGUAGGCUAUUUCAACCAAGGGAACUUAUGGAGAUAUUGACUCACUAAAUUCCCAUUGAUUUAAUGAGCCUACUUGAGUGUGAUUUACUACAUUAACCAAAUAGGAUUUUGGCCACUGUAGUUAGGAACCUGAUGUCUAAUUCCUAACUACAGUGGCCAAAAUCCUGUUUGGUUAAUGUAGUAAAUCACACUCAACUAUAUGUAUGUAUGUAUAGAUAAACAUUGGGAGAAAAGUACAGUAUUUGGAUAAUAAAUACUUUAUGCCUGUCCCAGUUCAGUGGCAAUUUGGACUCUGUGGUUGCACAACAUCCUCCUUUAUGACAAUGCUGAAUGCCCCCUAACCCAGUCUUCCAAAAACCAUGAUCCUUAGGACCACAGAAAGAUUUUCCACACUAAUCCCUAGACUGAAGAUAUCUCCCUCUGACCAGUGUAAAUUUCUAUGUGAUGGCUGAAGAUUAAAGGAACGCAUUAGAAAGGCAGCAGCAGGGGAGGAACGAAGGGGUAUCUGGGUAUCUAGCAUUGCCUUGGAUCCUUUCAGAGAAACAGUUCAGCAGAGUAAGUCAAGCGGCACAGUCAGAAGCAGAGGCUGGCACAGAUUGGCUUGAAGCAAAUGUCUGCCUCUUGCUUCCCAGUUCCUUCAGAAGCAAGAGGCAAAACAAAACAAAAUGCUGUAGGAAAUUGGUGUUGUUGUUUCUUUCUCACCAUGUGCUGUGCAAGUCUAGCAAUCAGACUUACCCAGAAAUGCAGAUAAUUAGACCAUAAAUUUAAUCUAUCUGUUUCUUUCCCUGUCUUUCCCUCUUUUACUUCCCCCCUCUUCCUCUUCAUUUGCCUCCUCCCUCAUUCACAACACUUUUACUUUUAUUGACUAUGUAAAGCAUUACAACAGCAUAUUUUAAA